AUGUGGAGGUUAACCUGUAUGGCCCUGCUCAUAUGUGGCAAAGGUUGUCUUUCUCAUUUAAAUGUUUGUGGACGUCCCCGUUUAAAAACCCGUAUUGUGGGUGGAGUUGAUGCGCCUGAGGGGGCGUGGCCAUGGCAGGUUAGUCUUCACAGCCCCAAAUAUAAAGGUCAUUUUUGCGGAGGUUCCCUCAUCAGCAGUGAAUGGGUGCUCUCGGCUGCUCACUGUUUUGCUAGUGUCAGCACAACCAACCUGCUUGUGUACUUGGGAAGAAGGACACAGCAAGGAGAUCAUGAUCAUGAAAUCAGCAGCAGUGUCAGUACGCUUGUCAUACACCCCUCCUACAACAGCGACACCUACAACAAUGACAUCGCUCUCCUGCAUCUGUCCUCUUCUGUCAACUUCACUAACUAUAUCAGACCAGUGUGUCUAGCAGCGGAGAACAGCAUCUUCCCUUCCGGCACCAGCAGCUGGAUCACAGGCUGGGGACAAACUGCAGCUGGAGUGAAUUUGUCUUAUCCUGGGACUCUGCAGGAGACUGUGGUUCCAGUGGUAAUUAAUUCUCAGUGUAAUGAUCUGCUGGGCGCCGGCGUCAUUACAGACAACAUGAUGUGUGCUGGUUUACUGCAGGGAGGCAAAGACACCUGCCAGGGGGAUUCUGGUGGCCCAUUGGUGAGUCAGCAGUGUUCAGUGUGGGUUCAGUCUGGUAUCAUCAGUAGGGGUCACGACUGUGGUCAGCCCAAUGAACCUGGUGUGUAUACCCGCGUGUCUCAGUAUCAGCAAUGGAUCAUGACUUCCACUGGCCAGAACCUCCCAGGAUUCGUCACCUUCAACCCCCUACACUCAUGCUCAACUGCCACUCAGGGUUGAGGUGUAGUAAACGAGUUUACCCGCACCACUUCCAGGGAAUGUUGCCUUUGGAAGCUCCACAAUGACAGUAUCCAGUUCCACUGCAGACAGCCUUCCACAGAACUUCACUCAUGAAUAUGAUCAACACAAAGUGCAUUUGUUGAACAAGCACCUCUUUCUAAAAUUUUAAAUUAAUUCAAAUGAAAUCAAUUAACUACCGGUCAGAAGUAGUUUUUUCGAAUAAUAAUAAAAGAAAAUCAGCAAAAAUGCAUCAAUUUAUCAAAAGUGACAUUAAAGACUUUUAUAAUGUUUCAAAAAAUUCUACUUAUGAAUUAUACAAAUAGUGCUGUUUCUACUCAUCAAAAAAUCCUGAGAAAAAUGUUCUACAAAAAUAUUAGGGAGCACAACUGUUUUCAUCAUUGAUAAUAAUGAGAUGUUUCUUGAGCAGCAAAUCAGCAUAUUAGAAUAAUUUCUGAAGGAUCAUGUGACACUGAAGACUGGAGUAAUGAUGCUGAAAAUACAGCUUUGACAUCACAGGAAAUACAUUACAUUUUAAAAUAUACUGAAAGUUAUUUUACAGUUAUAUUUAAUUGUAAUAUUUCACAAAAUGAUCAAAUAAAUGCAGCCUUACAAAAAAAAGGACUUUUUGAACGGUCGCAUAUGCAUUUUGUACAGACGCUUUUAUGAAAAUCAAUAAAUGCUUAAAAGUUGAA